AUGUUUUUGGUUUCGUUUAGUAGUCUCCCUAUUAGUCAUCGGGGCGGUCUCGAUAUACCUGCAGUCUUCUACUCGUUCUCGUUUGCGCAAAAUCCAAACUGGACUUCUUUCCACCCGCCCGGCAGAGAAAUUGUACAGUACUACCAUGAAGUCUGCGAAAAGUACAAAAUCACGGACAAAUUCGAGCUCAACACAGACAUUGAAAGUUGCAGAUGGCUAGAAGACGAGGGCCUGUGGGAAGUUACGCUGCGCCGCAUGGUAGCAGGCAUGGGCGACCUCUCGUCCAAGGAUCGCAUCAAGAUUAUUCAAGAGAAGGGCGAGCAGGCUGUCUAUGCUGAGACAGAGGUAGUUAGGGCAAAGGUCGUGCUGAGCUGCGUGGGCGGUCUCGUUGAGCCCAGGGGCUGGCCCAAGGACAUCAAGGGCAUCGAGAACUUCAAGGGCAACAUGUUUCAUUCGGCGCGAUGGGACGACACAAUCGACUUUACCGACAAGAACGUGGUUGUAGUGGGAACGGGAUGCAGCAGUGCCCAGCUCGUCCCACGCCUCACAGAGGCCCCGUAUAACGCCAAAUCAGUCACCCAGCUCAUGCGAUCCCCACCAUGGGUGGCGCCCGCCUUCCAUCCUCCAGGCGGCGAUGUAUGGUGGGAGAAGCAUGGACGGACGAUUAUGAAAGGCGUACCCGGGCUGAAAGAGCUGAUUCGCUUCUCCACCUUUUUCCUCGCAGAAGUCACCUUCUUCAGUAUGUUUCCAAACACGCCCUUUGCGGCUCGACAGCGACGCCUCUACGAGCAGGACAUGCUCAAGCGCAUGCGCCACACUGUCCCGGAGAAGUACUGGGAGAUGCUGACGCCAGACUACGGCGUCGGAUGCAAGCGCCGCAUCUUCGACAAGCGCUGGCUGAAAAGCCUCAACGAUCCCAAGAUCCAUCUUACCACGCAGCCCAUGAACCGCGUGACAGAGACGGGUGUCGUCAUCGGCCCCGGCGUAACAUACCCGCACACCGCAAAGCAAGACGACUAUCCCGAGCGCGAAGUCCCAGCCGAUAUCAUUGUGCUCGCCAACGGCUUCGACACGACACGCUGGCUACAUCCCCUCAAGGUCAUUGGCAAAGACGGAAAGGAUCUAGUUCAAGUUAUGGAAGACCGAGGAGGCGCCCAGGCCUAUCAAGGCAGCGCCAUGGACGGCUUUCCAAACUUCAUGAUGAUUUUCGGGCCAAACACUGCGACUGGCCAUUCCAGCGUCGUAAUGGCGAGUGAAAACAUGGUCAACUACUCGCUCAACUUUGUCCGCCUCCUCCUCAACGACGACGCCCGCACCGUCGACGUCAAGCACGAGGCCGAAGUCGCCUACACAAACGAGAUGCAGAACGCGCUCAAAAACACCGUCUGGCGCAGCGGCUGCUCCAGCUGGUACUUUACCGAGAACGGGUGGAACUCGACCGUGUACCCCUUCUCGCAAGUCGACUUCUGGCGCCGCUGCACAUGGGUCAAGUGGAACGACUGGAACAUCGAGUACACGAGCAAAGGCCUCGCCAAGCUGAGGCUGCGCAAGCUGCUCAAGACACUGGCGUUCGUGCUGGCUAUAGGCGGCGCGUGGAAGCUCAGGAGCAGUGGCUUGGGAGUUGCGGAGUUGAAGGAGUUGGCGAGGGGUGUCGUGCAGAGCUCACUGGCCAAGGCCAUGCAGACGAUGAACCGGAUACAGAAUGCCGUCUUGUAG